AUGACCAAGAAGUUGGACUCCAUCCCAUACGAUGUGUUCUACCAGAUCGCCUCGGGGUUGGAUUGCCACGACUUUAUCCAUCUCAGUCGCGUCAACCAGGCUCUCAACACGUUGAUGCGAAAUGAGUCCAUUGCGAGAAAGACAAUUGAGAACCACCUGCUUCAUUCCAACGAGGGGCGGGAAGCGGAUAGAACUAGAACUGGGUAUCGUAGAGCAGUUGGCCGUCUGUUUGACAUCAAGGAAGCUUUCGCCACAGCUCAGCCGUAUUCAGCCUCGGUUCUUGCAUACGGGUCGGCCUUUUUGUAUAACCAAGGCUCCCUCUGCUACAUCUAUGACAACAAGAUUCGUGCCUUGGAUGUGCACGGGGUCGGUCAAGUAGAGCAGGUGUUAAACAUUCACAAUGUCCUCUCUCGUGCGAUCCCAGGCUGCAAUCCGGCGCGAUACAUGAUGCAGAUAUCGCUACUGCACUACCGUGACGGGAUCCUGGCAUUUCUGGCCGAGAUUGGAGAGGUGCGGGAGGCUUGGCUUCUUGCGGUAGAUAUGCGCAGGAAAACAGACUGCAGGACUGGUCGAUUACGUCUCCGCACACCGCUUCAGUCCACACGACGACUUUUUGUUCGACAUAACAAGUCCUACCUUUACUACGGAACUCAGUCUGCACUGAGUCAUUAUGGCUAUCCGCAGUGGGCCGUCCACUGCGUGGAUUUAGCUACUGGACAACACACAACAGAGAAACCUGUCGAGCUGCACAACUUUGUUGGCAAUGAGAUCGGUCAGACUGUCUGCUUCGAGGUGCAUCAAGACCAUCUGUAUGCCGUGUCGACGCUGGUAGACUUUGAAGAAGAAGAAGUCGACUGGACCUCCUUGUACAUGUGGAUCUGUCUGCCUCCUCGCGGGAAUACGGGUUCGGUGACGCCCAGGACCGAGUGGCGUCGACAGCAUCGCGAAGGCCCAAUCAAUGACACAUGGUCAGACCUUUCGCUUCGAGAGGACGAAGCGACCAACCAGCUCCUGAUCCUGGAAUGUCGCCGCGAAUGGCGCAAUGGGGGCAGUGAUAAUUGCCGGACUUACUACAUGCAGCCCCUCCCGUCGCCUGCAGAGAUCUCUCGGAGUAAGCGACCGGCCAAUCACCCACCAUGCAGCUCGCUAGCUGCUGAAUUGCCAGACGAGCCCUUAACCAAGACACUAGAUUCGUCGAACAAGGCAAUCUACGAGAGACCGCGGAAACGGCUGCGCAGACACUACCACUCGGAAUAUCCAUUGGACAAUCAAGACAACCACGACCAGGACACCCCAUACCAGCGACGCGACUUCAUCCUGGCCAAAACUAAGUUCCGUACUUACAACCUCUCGGCCUCGACAUUCGUCGACCUCGUCAACGACCCCCACCCAUCAUCACCAGGAGGCAGCCACAUCCCCCGCGAUCGCCUCCGCCUGCGGACUGUCUCCCGGAAACGCAAGAGCCCCAUCGACGAGGCAAGCAACACCCUCCACAAACCAGAAUUCACCGACGACGGCAAUCCCAUGGAACACAGUGAGGAGCGGUUCACCUCCCGGGGAAUCCACAUGUGGCCGCCCGACAACGCCCCCGCGGAGCUGACCCAGCUCCUCUGCCCGUCCCACCGCAUUGGCAAAAUCCAAGCGGUUGCAGACGAGCGUUCGAUUAUUUACUCCAUCGACCAGGAAGGACUGGGCGGCGGUAAUCAAGCCAUCAUACUCAUCAACUUUGAUCCUGUCAUCAGACUUCCAGGUUUGAAACGUCUUACUCCGGACGCCUCGGGCGUCCGGCCUUGGGGGCCCAACAGUGAUCACGCAACCGAAAUCGGGCCUCCAUGCCAGCAGGAGCGGGCAAUGCUACAGACUCCCGUCAGCACAGCAAGGACGAACCAGGCGGUGCCAUCUGUCCGGGAGGAGCCUGCUAUGUAUCUAAGCAUUAAUCAUGGAUAUUGGCUUCGCUGA